GAAAUCGAUCUCAAUUCUCCAUUUUCCAUUCUUUCCCUUUGGCUGAUCUAGAAAGGAAACACAAAGAAAGAGAGAUUCUGGUAUAAAAAAAUGUCGUGGCAAACUUACGUUGACGAGCACCUCAUGUGCGACAUUGAGGGCAACCACCUCACUGCCGCUGCAAUCAUCGGCCAUGAUGGUAGCGUAUGGGCUCAGAGUGCCAACUUCCCUACGUGUAAACCAGAGGAGAUAACUUCCAUGAUGAAAGAUUUUGAUGAACCUGGAACCCUUGCCCCGACCGGAUUGCAUCUGGCUGGGACAAAGUACAUGGUCAUCCAAGGAGAGCCUGGAGCCGUGAUCCGUGGAAAGAAGGGCUCUGGGGGUGUGACUGUGAAGAAAACAGGGCAAGCACUAGUGUUUGGUCUGUAUGAUGAACCAGUAACUCCAGGGCAAUGCAAUAUGGUGGUGGAGAGGUUGGGAGAUUACCUUGCUGAUCAGGGCCUAUAAGCCUUCCUUUUCUAGAGAUGGUUUUUUGUGUGGGUUUAUUUAAUCUUUUAAUGGGAUUUUGAGAGACUAAAUCUGGCAGGCGAGCCAUUUUUGUGUGAAAUUUUAUACUGCUACUAGUACUACGGAUGGUUGCUGGACAAAUAACACCCUUAUGUUCUUGGGUGGUUUUUGCCCUUUCUAUUAGAUUCAUACUUCUUUGGGUUUUUUCUGAGCUUAUUUUUUCUAGAAUUCUCGUUUUGUUUAUUGCAUGGUUUGGUUUUUUUCAUGCUUGAAAAAAGAGAUUGGAUUUGUUGUAAAGGACAUGUUUGUAUGAUUUCUUUUUUGCAUUGGAAGAUGGGUGGAAGAUACUUAAUAUGAUGAAAUGUCACAUGGCAUUCAAAAGCUAAGAGUGUCAUAUAAUAAUAACCAGCAGCCGAUGGAAUGAUUUGGCUUAGAAAAAAAA